GUUCGCUGUCGGAAAUAACAUUAAGGCGCACAGAUUUUUGUAAGGAAUCUAUCACUUUGAAUUAAAUAGUGCACAUUUUGUGUUAUGUAACGAUAAGUUAAUUAAUAUGAAUGGAAGGAAGUUUUACAAAGAUUAAUGCCAUUUAGCAUUUUGGUUACUCUGGAAACAGUAUUCAUACGAAUAAAAAGUUAGCACGGAAACAUCAUUCAGAGUUGGCUGCAUGUACUUUUACAAAACAAAAGUCUUUUUUUCUCGUUAGUAUGAAAAAGUUGAAAAGAUUGAAUAAAACCACCAGAUACCAACAAAGUAGUAUGUAGAUUAUAGUUUCAAGACUCAACAUAUCAAAUAGAACGAAACCAUGUCGGAUAAUAUACAAUUGAGUGUUGUGCUGGGUAUGUUAGGUAUUUUCAGUAUUGCUGGAAGUAUUGGAAAUGCGUUGGUGUUGUACAUUUAUUCCAGAAAACGUGACAUCACAACUUCAUCUUUAUUCAUUCUUACUUUGGCGGGAACAGACUUCUUGACUAGCAUGAUAAUUAUCCCGUACAAUAUAAUCGUCCUUCAUUUGAACUACAGAUUACAGUAUGAAUUAGCCUGUAAAGUAUAUAUGUUCUUAAUCACGUGCAAUGUUCCAUUCUCUGCAUUCAUCAUGGUUGCGAUUGCGUUUGACAGAUUUUUCUGUAUUUGUCAUCCGUUUUUGCAUGCUAUUACAAUUCCACGGGCGAAAAUAAUUGUUUUGACGAUGGGACUCUUCGCCUGCUUACUUGGGAUAAUUACAUCAAUGUGUUAUGGUAUUGUGCCUUUUAUAGAUUCUACAGACGUUAAUUCAACUGUAAAUGGAGUAUCAAAUGCUUCAUUGGAAAUAACUGCGACUGUAAAUUAUUCUAUCACUAACGCUGUCAAAAUGGCGCCCGGUAACAAUACCGCAUCAAACGAGUUGGCUGGAAUGUGUUUUCCUAGCAACGACAUAUUUGACAUCUCUUUCACAAAUAUUUACCAGAAAAUAUACGCUGGAUUUUAUUUACUAUCUUUUCUUGUUGUGUUUGUACUAUAUGGACUUAUAUAUCGAUCUAUUCAUAUCCGGCGUGCACAAAAAGCUAGGCGUAAACGGGCAAGUUUAUUUCCGUCAUCCCCAACAGAAUAUUCCGGCGCCGACACUCAGCUAACAAUUUUAAACGGGAAUGACAAUGACUCCAAUGAACCAGAACAAAGAAAGUUCCGAAAGAAGACAAUCGGAAUAAAAGAAAAAGUACUGUAUGCAAACAUUCGUACAGCCGCCAUGUUGUUUAUUGUGACUAUUGUAUUUCUGUUUGCUUUCUUGCCAGCCUGGUUGAUGGCACAUGACCUAAUGACAUACAAUAUGGUAGUCUUUUAUAUGUACUUCAUUUAUAAUGUAGCCAAUCCAGUUAUAUACGCUUUCAUGAACAAUUCCUUUCGGGAAGAUCUCAAAAUGUUGUACAAAAGAAUUUUCCAGAUUAUGUAGUGAAUUGUACUUUUUUCAAAAACACAAAUCCAUGUUGGUUGUUUGUGCAUUGUUUACAGCAAUAAAUAUUGUUUGAAUA